AUGACCGCUUUUGGAAAACAUUUUACCAUUGUUGUUUUUGGAGCCAGUGGUGACUUGGCUGCUAAAAAGACUUUUCCUGCUUUGUUUGGAUUGUUUAGAGAAAAACAAAUGAGUCAUGAAGUUCAAAUUAUCGGUUAUGCUAGAUCAGAUUUGCUGGAAGAUAAAUUUCAUGAAAAGAUUUCUCAACAUUUCAAAGGUGGCGAUGAACAAACCAAAAAGGACUUUUUAAAACUCACUUCAUAUGUAAGGGGUCAAUAUGAUACUGAUGAAGGUUACAAGAAAUUGGAAAAAAGAUGUCAAGAUUACGAAAAACAACAUGGUGUUGAUAAAUCACAAAGAUUGUUUUAUUUGGCAUUGCCACCUUCUCAAUUCACCGAAGUUUGUGAACAAAUCAAGAAAGAUGUUUAUGAUAAAGAUGGUAUUACUAGGGUCGUUAUUGAAAAGCCAUUUGGUCAUGACUUGGAAUCAGCAAGAGAACUUCAAAAAUCAAUUGCUCCAUUAUUCACCGAAGAUGAAAUUUAUAGAAUUGAUCAUUAUUUGGGUAAAGAAAUGGUUAAAAACUUGUUAGUUUUAAGAUUUGGUAAUGAAAUCUUUAGUGGAGUUUGGAAUAAAAACUUCAUUUCCUCCAUACAAAUUAGUUUCAAAGAACCAUUUGGUACUGAAGGAAGGGGUGGCUACUUUGAUAAUAUUGGUAUUAUUAGAGACGUUAUGCAAAACCAUUUGUUGCAAGUUUUGACUUUAUUGACUAUGGAAAGACCUGUUUCUUUUGAUCCUGAAGCUGUUCGAGAUGAAAAGGUUAAAGUGUUGAAAGCAUUUGAUGCUAUAAACACCAACGAUCUUAUUCUUGGACAAUAUGGUAAAUCCGAAGAUGGUAAGAAACCAGCUUAUGUUGAUGAUGAAACUGUAGCUAAGGAUUCCAAAUGUGUCACUUAUUGCGCUUUCGCAAUCAACAUCCAUAAUGAGAGAUGGGAUGGUGUGCCAAUGGUUUUAAGAGCUGGUAAAGCAUUGGAUGAAGGGAAAGUUGAAAUCAGAAUUCAAUUCAAACCAGUUGCUAAAGGUAUGUUUAAGGAUAUUCUGAGGAACGAAUUGGUUAUUAGAAUUCAGCCGGACGAAGCAAUUUACUUAAAGAUUAACUCCAAAAUUCCCGGUGUAUCAACUCAAACUUCUUUGACUGAUUUGGAUUUGACUUAUUCCAAACGUUACUCAAAAGAUUUCUGGAUUCCAGAAGCUUACGAAUCUUUGCUUAGAGAUGUUUUCCAAGGUAAUCAUGCCAACUUCGUUAGAGAUGAUGAAUUGGAUGUCUCGUGGAAAUUGUUUACGCCGUUAUUGGAAGCUAUUGAAAAUGAUAAGAAUUUGAAAUUGGAUAUAUAUCCAUACGGAUCAAAAGGUCCAAAGGCUUUGAGGCAAUUUUUGUCGAAUCAUGGCUAUAUAUUUGAUACUCCGGGUACUUACCAAUGGCCAUUAACUGAACCUGAUGUAAAGGGUAAGAUUUGA